UCCACUUCCGGGCAGAAGUUCACUGAGGGAUCGGUCUGCGGUGGGUUCCUUGUAGCCCGGAGACGUGACGCUUCUGGCUCUGCGAUGGGGAGAAGCCGAUUGUGACAUUCUCUCCGCUCCCUCCCGCCCCCUCCUCCCUUGCCCGGACAAAGCGGGCCCCUCCAGGCCUGUCGGGAUGGAGGAAGAGAGCAUGGAGGAGGAGGGGGGCGGCGGCGGCGGAGGAGGAGGAGGCGGCGGCGGCAGCAUCAGUAGCAGCAGCAGCAGCUACGAGGCCUUCAUGGACGACCAGAACCACAAUAACUGGGAUCCUGCGGCCGGAGGGCGAGGCGGAGGCUACGGGCUGCCUCCUUCGCCUUGUCCCGGAGAGUCCCGCGGGCACCGGGUAGCGGAGGAGCUUGAGAUCCACAUGAUGUCCGAGGCCGCCGCCAACGGGCCGGGGAAGGGCUGCGAAGCGCCGGGAAAAGGAGGGGCUGCCGCCGCCGCCAGCAUUAACCUCAACAUCAACCCUUCGGCCUCUAAGUUCUUAAUGAAUGUUAUAACAAUAGAAGAUUAUAAGAGCACAUAUUGGCCAAAGUUGGACAGUGCCAUAGAUCAGCUUUUAACUCAGAGUCCUGGUGACUAUAUUCCCAUUUCCUAUGAACAAAUAUACAGUUGUGUAUAUAAAUGUGUGUGCCAGCAGCAUUCGGAACAGAUGUAUAGUGACCUAAUUAAAAAGAUAACUAACCACUUAGAGAGAGUCUCAAAGGAGCUGCAGGCCAGCCCUCCAGAUCUCUACAUUGAAAGAUUUAACAUAGCACUUGGGCAGUAUAUGGGAGCAUUACAGAGCAUUGUGCCUCUUUUCAUAUAUAUGAAUAAAUUUUACAUAGAAACCAAGCUUAACCGAGAUUUAAGAAAUGAUCUUAUAAAACUGUUUACGGAACAUGUUGCAGAAAAGCACAUUUACAGCCUGAUGCCUUUACUUCUAGAAGCUCAGUCCACACCUUUUUGGAUAAACCCUUCCACAAUGGCAAACAUUGUCAAAGGAUUAUACAUGCUUAGGCCAGAAUGGGUUCAGAUGGCACCAGCUUUAUUUUCUAAAUUUAUUCCAAACAUCCUUCCUCCUGCUGUAGAAUCUGAGCUUGAGGAAUAUGCUGCUCAGGACCAGAAACUUCAACAAGAACUUAUUCAAGAGGGAUUUUCCAGAGGUGACCAGUCACGUAAGCGAGCUGGAGAAGAAUUAACCUAUAUAGGUCACAAAAGAUGAUCACAUGACCCCAGGAUCCUGCAACAGUCAUAAAAGAUGGUUCAGCAUCGUGUGCGAGCUCAAGAGGAUGCAGAUAGUGACUGUACUAGAAACCUGUCCAAUUGGAGUGGACUUUGGAAUGGCAUUGAAAGGGAGGGUAGCCUGAGAUUAAGUCAGGUUGUUCUGAUACUCAGGUUCUUCGAUGCAACUAUACGUAGAAGAGGUGUUUGGACUUAUUUCUUGCCAUGUAAUAAAAUGUCUGUUUGCUGCUAUUUGGGCUAAUUUGGAACAAUGUGAUCGAUCUGAAAAGGAUUUGGGUUUUUUUUAGAUGAUUCUCGUGAGGACUGUAUCUUUUUAAGAUUUGGUUUUUAAAAGAUCAUUAAAUGCUAAAAGUUGAUAGCCAAGAAGAGCAACUUCCUCUGAAAGGAUUUUAGAGUGGUGUUUUUGUUUUGUUUCGGGUUUUUGGUGUGUGUGGGUUUUUUUUUGUUUUUUUUUUGCACUUUCUUAUAUGUGAUUAUUGCUGUUGAAAAUCUGUGCCCGUUAGAUUUUGUUCAGAAUGUUUGGUCGGUAAAUAGUGAUCAUUUAACAGUAUUUCCAUCGUGGGGGCAGGGGGAACAAGGUUUGUCUCUGAAGGCCAGUCAUAGGACUGACUCUUCCCAUUCCAGAAAAUUCAUCUGCUUAACCCUUCAGUAGUACAGACCACAAAAUGUAUCUUAAAACUGUGAUUUGAUUAAACAUGCUGCAAAGUUGCCAGAUUUUCUUACCUUCUUUGAUUACAUUUAGGAAAAUAAAUAUCAAGUUGCAUUUUAACUCAGUUCCCUUCCACACUGUUGCAAGUCAAAUGUUUAUUGUAUUAUGUUGUUGGCUUUGGUAAUGAUUGUAAAGAAUUGGGGGGGAAAUGCUUUUCAACAUGUGAUUUCUAUUCAGAAUUGAAAUGCUAGUAUAUAAUGAAGUUUUGGCAAGAGAUUGUGAACCAGGUUGUAUGCUCCUACCCUCUGUGCUGCCUAGUGGCAAGACAGAGGAAUGUUGGUACUGAUUUUAAUCAAUCAGUUCUUUGAAUGAUAAUUGAGAUGGUAUCAUAGAUUUUCAAAUAUGACUGAAAUGGUGCUUACCUCUGAAUAACAAGCUACUUGAAAUCAAUGUUACACAAUGUGGCUUGUACCAUUUCAGGACGCAAAUGGAGAGAACUGCAUAUUUGAUUUGUACAUACUCUUUUUUUUAUUUCAACUGUUAAAGCUUGAACAUAAAUGUUUAAUCUGCAGCAGCACUUUGCACUGCAUUAUGGGUAUGAUGGCAAUAUGUACCUCAGAAGGGAUAACUCUGGAUCCCUGCUUUCUGUUUCUGGUCUUGAACAAAAGGCUAAUCCCAAGGUGCUGUGGGGUUUGUUUGUGUAUUUGUUCCCUUGGCUCUCUGUGAUGAAGUAGUCCUCCAGCUCCUUCUCCACAAAAUAUAAUUUUUAUACUCAAAAGUUAGACUUCUCUUGGGAGUAAAAGGGAGAUAAGGAUGAGUUUGCCACAGUGAGGUAACAAAAUCAGGCAAUGUUGAAGUGUUAGUGCUUGGGGAAACCCUAGUUGUAGUGAGUCUUUAAUGUAGAAUAUUGUGCAUUUUUAUGAACAAGAUAUGGCAGUUUACCUCAUUCAUGAGAAAGAUAAUGUGAUGCAUGACUUUCCAGCAUGAGCAGUGGCUUAUCUCAUCUUGUCUACAAAGAACUAUGGACAAUUCUACCCUUUUCAUUUGGUGAGAUUCUAAGAUAAAUCUUUCUGUGGUAUAAAAGUAUCACAUCCAAAACAAGUAUACUUUUUUAAAAAGUAUGCAGUUUAGAGAGAAGAAUGUUAAAAAGGAAAGUAUAUUUUGAUUUAAUUGAAGUUUUAACUCCUUAAGUUGUUGAAAAUAAUGCAUUACUUCAAGGAAAAUAUAUCUAGAAAACAACCAUUUCUAAGUUUACAUAGACCAGGGAUGUCAAACUCAUGUUGUCAUAGCAGCAGCAUGUGAUGUAUUGGGACUUUUUUCCGUUCGCUAAACCGGGCAUGGACGUGGCCAGUGCAUGACGCAUACGGCCCGUGGGCCGGGAGUUUGACAGCCCUGACUGUCCUCCUUUUCUUUUGAUAUGUAAAUGUAAACAUCUCCAAUUUACCAAAUUAAUUUAAAAGUUCUUAAAUUUGUAGAAAUAGUGAAAAAUUACAGAAUCAAAAAAUUCAGAUUUUCAAAAACUUCUUUUAAAAAAGCAAGAUGAGCUGAAGAAUAUGUAAAUAGAAUUUCAGGAUGAACUUUGUGAGAGAAACUCCUGGUUUCUAAGUUAAGUUAAAAAGGUAGGCCAUACAUUUAAUUAUAAUUGUGUUUCCAUACAAUUAGUAUAAGCCAGUGUUCCCCAAAUUGCCCUUCAGGUGAACUGUGUUACUGGCUGCAUUAGCUGGGAAUUCUCAGAACUUUAGUCCAACAUAACUGGAGAACAUCAAGUAGGAGAAGGGUAGUAUAGAACAAGCACCAAACCAUCCUACCCCUUAUUUAGAAGAGAUGUUCCCAUUGUAGUUAGUGAAAGUCCAUCACUACUGCACUGUACCUCUACAUGGUUGCUUUUAAAUAUAUUAUUUUUGGGUAGUGCAGGAAUUCGGAAACUUAUGUAGUAAGCUACAGCAUAGCAUCCUAAUAAUAAUAACCAAUGCUAUGCAUUCAAACUUAAGAAUGUUGCCUUCCCUUCCUUCCUUCCUUCCUUCCUUUCUUUUUCUUUCUUUCUUUCUUUCGUUUUGUAUUAGGACGUUUGAAAAUAUCUGAAGAAAAACUAACAAGGCAGUAUGAAAGAUUUUUGUUCAAAAGAGUUACAGGUUAAAAGUUUGGACACAAUUAUAUCUAGCAUCAUGACAGUAAUUGCAUGAUAAACCCUCCCCUUUUAUUCCCUAUUGAAUUUAUCCAUAAGAAGUGCCCAGUCAUUUAGGACAUGUAGAAGUAUGGUUGUUUCAUAGCGUUUAUUUCUCUUCCCAUAACUAUAGAUUAAAUUAUAUACGGGGGCAUUUCAUUUUGAGAUGGCCUCUGGUUCUGCUCCUACAGUUGGAAGCUGAUUCCAAUUUGACACUUAUAACUUCCAGCAUUAACCUUACAGAAUACAAUGAGAACGAAAAGCGGAUGUCCAAGUGGAUGUGAAUUUGAUGCACUGGUUUUACCUUUUACAGUAGCCUUUCCUGACUACUUGGGUUUACAGUUUUACAGACUUCAGCUUCAAGAAUUUCCCAUGCAGUGUAGCCAUUACUGAAAAUUCUGGGUAUUGAAGUCCACAUAUCUUUGGAGGAUGCCAAAGUAGAGGAAGGCUGCUUUACUAGUUUAUGGUUUGUAAAUAAUAUUCAGAAUAUUUCAGCUUUUAUUUCCAGAUAAGGUUUUAUUGGUGUCACUCUUCUCAAGAAUAUUGGUCAAUAUUCUGAACAUUGUUUUACAUAUUUUAGCUCUAUGUAGCAUCUUGCCUGAAGCCUGUUUUUUAUAUAUGUAAAAGAAAAAAGAAAAGAAAAAUAUAUUAUGUUGUAAAUUAGUAUUAAGAUUUCUGUACGUUUUGGCAUCUAAUGCUGAAAUAAUUUGCUUUUCUAUCCUCCAAGGGUUAUAUCUUUGUAAGCGUGUAUGAAAGAACACAAGAAAACUUAGGUUACUUUGUAAACAUUUUUUUCAAUAUUUGUUGAAAUUAAUGUGUGGCCCUUUAAAGCCAUGCCUUCAAUAAAAGCAGUAUGGUCUUGGCUGUGGUGCUCCUGUAAAUCAAAUUAUUAGCCUUUUUUUGUGAUUGUUUUCCACAUAAGAGUUAACAUGGCAAAAGUUUAUGCAUUGAGUGUCAUAUGUCACAUUUUGUUUCUUGGGAAACCUGUUAUAUUAAAAUAUUUUUAGACAAAUGUUUUGAUUUUGAAUUUGCCAUUUUUAAUUUGUACCCACUUGCCAUUCUUGAGUUAGAGAGAUCAUAGUGACAUAGACAAUGCUUCUUUUACCCACAGGUUUGCAGUCUCAUGUUUUCUUCAGAAUGUGAAAUGUGUAGUUGAUGGGAAAGUUAAAAAAAAAUAA